UGCCAUUCAACACGUCCUCAAACACUGCGAGUAUGCGACGAAAUUGCGAAUUGUGGAGCAGUUGAUGCCAGAAGUACUCAUGCUGUGUCUAGAUGAACAUGGAGGGUAUGUGGUGCAGUCGUGCUUCAAGCAGGCUGACAAUGCACCCUUAGAUGCUGAUAUGUUGGUAAUUGUGCUGGAUACUGUGCUUGGCCUUGGAAUAGAGGAGCUAACCCAAAUGGUAACAGGCGACCAUUCUCACUGGGUCGUCCUCGAACUGCUGGGUGAAAAGAGCCAAAUUCUGAUGAAGGAAAGAGUGCGCAUACUGGCUUUGAUGAUCAGCCGACUUUCAGAGACCGUCCUGCAGCAACCGAAUGCGAGGCGCGUCAUGGCUCGACUUCCCGCGACGUCCUGAAGCAAUAGGAACUGGCGAUAUCUAGUCUCCGUUCGUUCGUGUACCUGAUGCGUUCUCACCGGAAUUUCACGAUGCUGUAGCCUUUGCACUACCGUGUUUUGUCGACUACUCCCUGACAGUACUAUCGUCCCUGUCAUGAAUAGUGCUUGGCAUACGAUCAUGAUAUAUGCAACAACAAAUAGUAGAAGUCUUCUUCUGAUGCAG